AUUCACUUAAAAAGCCUGGAGAAUUUAAAUGGGUGUGUUUUCGGAAAAUUGCUCCAGCCUUUGUAUGCUCACGGUGUAAUUGCUCGCAAACCAUGAGGCUGUAUUCUGUCUCAGGUCUCCCACAUGGAAGUUAAUGCUGAUUGCUGCAUAGAACGUAAUAGCAAACUUGUAGCCAUAGCCGCCUACAUGGGAUGUACAAACAAUUUGGUGGCAAGGCUUGCUGGUUUUUGUUGACAUGCAUAAAAUCCUCCAUAGUCUUUGCGUGCUGAGAGUUUUCGCAAAACAACCUCUCUUCCCUCCACGAUUAUAUUGGUUAUGUUGUUGAAACCUAGAUUCAUCAUUUUUAUGCAUAUUAAGAUGAUUUUGGACGCAAAUAUAGGGUUUACAUCAAAGCUAUUGUGUUGUGUUUUGCCGAACCCGCAAGCACGAGUGCUAGCUCAGCCCUAUAUAUAUGUCAAAAAUAAUUUUAUUAAACAGAAUCUGGGAGAAUUCCUUACGUUCCCCUAGCUCCGUUCUGGUAUAUAAUUUGGAAUUGAAUUCUCACAAAAUAGAGUUUGGGGAGGGAGUCUGUGCAAUUCUUUAUAUUGAGUGUAUGUUUUCGAUAGACUCUCGGCACAAAACAAAAGUAAUAGAAGCUCAAGAAACAAUCGCCAGUCACAAAACAAUAGACAGUAACAGAACAAUACUACCAUAAAUACUAUAAUCAAUCCAUUUGAUACAAGUGUUCUACAUUGUAACUAAUUUAGUUGGAGUAAAAAAUAUUUGCAUCAAUACAUGAAAUUAAAUAAAAUUUAGAAGUUGAUACACAUAGGUCCAACACAAUACCAAACAAGACAAAUGUACUAUCAACUUCACUUUAGAAACAAAAUUUCCUCCUUUACUUUCUUGUCGUAUAAUCACCAUAUUUUUCUCUUUUACACCUCCUUUUCUCGAACCCCAGAUGGCAUUUCGAACCCACAAGCAUCGCCUUCAGCGCGGAAGUGCCAAUUGGUACCCUCCAGUAACGUAAACUUUUCAAGAAAUGAUCAGCUUGAAAUUGACAAUGUUGUAUUAUUGAACAAGAAAAUUACCAGUUUUAUUCGAUGUUGGGAUUUAGAUUCUGCUGUUAGAGUGUUCGAGAGCGUGCAGGUGAAGAAUGUGAUCACGUGGAAUUCAAUUUUGGCUGGGUUUUCAAGAAAAAAUGGAUAUGCUAAAGAAGCACGCCAACUGUUUGAUAAAAUUCCUGAACCAAAUGUUGUGUCAUACAAUACUAUGUUAGCUUGUUAUUGGAGGAAUGGUGAUAUUGGGGCUGCGAAGAGUUUCUUUGAUCGAAUGACGGUUAAGGAUGUUGCUUCUUGGAAUACUAUGAUUUCGGGGUUCUGUCGAAAUGGGAUGAUGUGUGAAGCGGAGGAGUUGUUUCGGGUAAUGCCGGUGAGGAAUGAGGUUACUUGGAAUGCUAUGGUAGCUGGGUAUGUUGAGUGUGGAGAGUUGGAAUUGGCGUUGGAGUUGUUUAGGGAAGCUCCAGUGAAAGGUGUGAUUGCUAGGACAGCGAUUGUGACGGGGUAUAUGAGAUCUGGAAACAUUGAAAUGGCGGAAAAGAUGUUUCAGGAGAUGACGGGGAAGAGUAUGGUAACGUGGAACACCAUGAUUUCGGGUUACAUUGAGAAUGGGAGGGCAGAGGACGGUAUGAAGUUGGUAAAGGAAAUGAUGGGAUCGGGUAUAAAGGUGAACGACUCAACGUUGAGUAGUCUCUUACUAGGUUGUAGUAAUUUAUCUUCAUUGAAAUUGGGUAAGCAAGUUCAUCAGCAUGUUGUCAAGUCCCCUCUGUACUUGGAUAUGACGGUGGGGACUUCAUUGAUUAGCAUGUAUAGCAAAUGUGGAGUUUUGGAGGAUGCGUGGAAGUUGUUUCUUGAGAUGCCGACAAAGGAUGUUGUCACUUGGAACGCAAUGAUUUCAGGGUAUGCUCAACAUGGGGAAAGUAAGAAGGCCCUUAGCUUGUUCGACGAGAUGAAGAGUAAACGGAUAAAACCAGAUUGGAUAACGUUUGUUGGAGUUUUAUCAGCCUGUAACCAUGCAGGUUUGGUCAAUCUUGGUAUUCAAUAUUUUGAGCAAAUGCAAAGUGCUUAUGGUGUUAAGCCAAAACCAGACCAUUACACGUGUAUGGUUGACCUCCUUGGACGAGCUGGCAAGCUAAACGAAGCUGUGGAUUUGAUAAGAAAAAUGCAAUUCAAACCCCAUAUAGCACUAUUUGGUUCACUUUUGGGUGCUUGUAGGAUCCACAGAAACUUAGAAGUGGCAGAGUUUGCUGCCAAAAACUUACUUGCCCUUGAACCUACAAAUGCAGCAGGCUAUGUUCAACUUGCUAAUGUGUAUGCAGCCAAGAACCAAUGGGAAGGUGUUUCUAAAGUUCGAAAAUCAAUGAAAGAGAACAAAGUUAUCAAAACACCAGGAUAUAGUUGGAUGGAGGUUGGGAGAGUGGUUCAUGAGUUCAGAUCAGGUGAUAGACUUCAUCCAGAUAUCGAAAGCAUACGUAUGAAACUCAAAGAUCUUGAGAGGAAAAUGAAGUUAGCAGGUUAUGUGCCUGAUCUCAGCUCUUCAUUACACGAUGUUGGGGAGGAACAGAAAGAGCAGCUACUUCUGUGGCACAGUGAGAAACUGGCAAUUGCCUUUGGUUUAAUGAAGUUACCACCAGGAAUGCCAAUUAGGAUUUUCAAGAACCUAAGAGUUUGUGGAGAUUGCCACCAAGCCACUAAAGUUAUAUCAGCAAUAGAAAAUAGGGAAAUCAUUGUUAGAGAUACAACUAGGUUUCACCAUUUCAAAAAUGGAGCUUGUUCGUGUGGUGAUUACUGGUAAAACUAUUUUAAGAGGGAGAACAUUUUUAUAGGAAAAAGUUCCAUUCUUUAUUCGAUUUAAGACGAAAAGAGUGUUUUUUGUGUUUUUUUAAAGGAAGAUGUUCUGUAGUUUUUAGCAUUUCUCUUCAGAUGUUAUUCUGACAUAUAGUUUUGUAGAA